UCCCUCCUUCUCACAAACGUGUUCUCUUCGCUAGGGAGGAUCGUGGGCGGAAAUUAGAAUAACCAGUCUAGUCAGUUGUAUUGUGGUUGGCGGGCGGUUCGCGUCUAUUCCAUAGAAGUGGAGAUUUUCUUCUUCUCUCUCUCUUUUUUUUUUGAAAUACCGCCUUUCCUGUCCGUAUUUCCAAUAUGUGGAAAAGAGAUUUUCGUUAACUUCGCUCUUAAGGAGACGUAGAAUUUUGUGAAGCUCAACGUCUGGAUCGAUCAUUCGUUUGAAUUUGUUCGAAUGGGAAGUUCAAUGAUUUUCUGUGUACCCUGGAUAUUUUGUCGGUUUCUCUUCCGGUGAUCGAUCUUGGAUACAUCGAUUGGAUUGCGUCAUGACAGGCCUGCAUUUAUCGAAGGCAGCGUGAUGCCUCGGGAGCCUAAUCGGGGAUAUCUGUUGGCCGUGCUGCUGCUAUUGGUCAGUCUCCGCAAGGCUGGCUGCUCAACAUCCGCUCCUCGAUAUCCGGUCUGUAAGCCGGGUUUCGAAUUUUGGUCGGUCGAGCGUGCUACCUGUUGGCCUUGCACCAGAUGUUCUCCUGAAUUUACUUUGAGUCCCUGCGCGAUUUAUAAGGAUGCUAUUUGCGGACCAUUGUCCGCCCUCGAGCUCGACUGGUCUUUCCUUUCGACCAGGAAACGACCAGAGACCGGCCAAAGAAGCCUCGAAGCGGUCACUUCGAAGAUGCUGUGGAGGUUCCCGGAUUUGGACCAGCAACAGAUUAGGCAAGAAUCGAAGGACUUUGUCGAUAACUCGGAGCGAGAUAGUCAGUCGAAAACGAAGAACCAGCUACUGAACGAGCCUUCAUAUCCAAGAAGCGCGGCUAUUUCUAAGGAGAGAAUCCUAUGGGAUUGGCAAACAGUCGCAUUGAUCCUUGCCGUGUGUGCCUGUAUUCUCUUUUUUCUGGUCGCAGGAUGCUCGGCUUUGUUCUACGCGAGACAGUGGCGACGGAUGAAGAAAAACUUCGAGCCCGUGGGUCUAGAAGAGAUCUCGGCUCGAUUAAAUUUAAUAGUGAAGGCGGAACUAGCCGAACUGGUUGUUGGCGCACCCAUGAGCCCUGACGAUCCGGAAACAAGGUGCCAAUAUCUCGAGAAACUCUUAGAUCGGAAAAGAGAGGCUGCCGUGAUGGUCGAUUGGCCGGAAGUCAGCGGGAACGUUUACAUAGAAGACGGAGAGCCAUCGAAAGGGAAGAAAUUGCAAAUCGCUAAAAUUCAUCGAAAUAUCGAGACUAUUUUAAAUCAGAAAAAUUUCAACGAUUCGUAGGAACGCAAAGUGAACUUGCGAAGGGAAUUGAAAUGUUAAAUCCAGGAUUACUUUUCUAUUUAUAUCUCGUAUUCGCGUAAUGAAUAGGAGAGAGAGAGAGAGAGAGAGAGAGAGAAAAGAAAAAAAGAAAAGAAAAACGCCGGAAGGUACAAAAUCACAUUCGACGGUUAUAAACAGGCAAUUUGUAUUAUUUUUUUUAAUAAUUUAAUAAUUAUACCUUUUUAUAUAAUGUGUUUUUCUUGUUAUUAUUUAAGUAGAUGUACGAGUAAGGAGGAGGAAACCUCCUUAAAAGAAUCCUUGCUCGAAGUCUCGAAGCUCGAACGUGAUCGAGCGUCGAUCGACUUGGCCCGCUCGGUUAUUUAUUUCUUCUUGUAAGCUUUAAAAGCCGCCAUCUUUGUAAUAUAACUAUGCGAUGUAUGUAUUUGAUAAAUGAAAUAAAAUGGCAAACGCUGGUAUUUACAGGUGG